CGAAAAAUUUUUAAAAUUGUAACAAAGUGUAUUCACCCCCCCUCUAGACUUUGUAUCUCACCACUUUGGGACCACCAAUUGGUAUCGGAGCAUCCUUCUCACUAUCUACAUUUAGAUUAACGAGAAGCGAUCAUAAUGGUGAACAAUAUGGAUCACGGUUUGCCCAAGUUUUCUCUUCUAGGUUAUGAUGAUUGGAAAAUCAUGAUGGAAGCACACCUUUACGCCCUACAUGAUUGCAUGUGGAUGGUGCUUGAGGAUGGACCCUUGAAAAUCCAAAUGGAGAACCCUGAGAGGAAUCCGGCCAAUCCUGAUGUUGUCCAGUACAUUCCAAAGCCCAAGGAGAAAUGGGAUGAUAGAGAUUGCAAGAAGCACAAUCUGGACAACGUCGCCAAAGCAGCCAUCUUCAAGACACUUGAUCCCAUCACCUUCUUCAAGAUCAAGCAUCUCAAGACUGCCAUGGAGAUUUGGCAAGGUCUUGGGAAGCUGUGUGAGGGAUCGGAGGACCUGAGAAAGCAGAAGAUAGAAGUGCUGCUUGAAAAGUUCAAAAGCUUCAAAAUGCUUCCCGGAGAAUCAUUUGAUAUAUUGGAUGAAAGAUUCCACAAAAUCUUAAAUGAUCUUGCAUCACUUAACCACAUUCUUUCUCCCAAAGAAAAGAAUGUAAGGUUACUGAGAUCUCUUCCAACUGAGUGGUACACAAAAGCCACAGCCAUGGAAGAAGGAAGAAACCUGGAGAACUACACUGUCCAAGGUCUCCUUGAUGAGCUCAGAACCUAUGAGCAUGAGCUGAUGAAGAAGAAGGAAGAACAAGUCACUCCCUUCCCCACGAAACCUGGUCAUUGGAAGUCAGCGUGCCCGUACCCAAAGGUGGAGAAGUACGGAGAAAGAGAAAGGAAUGAAAAGAAGAAGAAAGCAAUGGUUGCAGCUGAAAGUGACGAGUCAUCCAGCUCAAGCUCGGAUGAAGAAGCCCUCGUCUGCAUGGAGCGCAGAGCUGAGAAGUCCAACCAUGAGGAUCGGUUGACUAUUUCCAAAAGGAAAGGGAGAACAACUUACAUUCCUCCUAAACCUACUGCCAAAUCCAAUAAGCAGAAAGGAAAGGAAAAGGAGAAACCCACAGAAGUUGCCAAAAAGGAAGCCGCUAAGUACCCAGGUGUCUGGUACUUAGACAGUGGCUGUUCAAGACACAUGACGAGUGAUGCGAGUCUUUUGAGCAAUCUAAUUCCCUAUGAUGGUCCAAGAGUUACUUUUGGAGGAAGCAAUGACUUUGGCCUUACUAAAGGGCUAGGAAAUCUGGUGUACAAGGGACUAACCAUCCAAGCUGUAUCUUAUGUGGAAGGUCUCAAUUAUAACCUUCAGAGCAUAAGUCAGUUUUGUGAUAAAGGUUACUCCUUGGAAUUCUGCAAGGACUGUUGGGAAACGAGGCUUGGAUAACGUAGCGGAAAACAAAAUUUUAUAGUCGAAAACUCGAUUCCACCCAAGAACAACUUACGUAAAUUACUAGCUAUAGUAAGAAAUUUACCUUAACGGUGAAAACGGAGAAUGGAGGAACGGUCGGAGAUGGUUUUGAGGAGAUGAACGUAGCGCCAAACGUAUGAAGCCUCCAACGUAUCCACACGAACUUGCUCCGGAGUCCAAGAUUAAACUUGUGCUAGCAAGUUUAAUAUAGGAUAGUAAAAACUAUAAUAAUACUACUUUGGGAGUAAUAAAUAUAUAGUAAAAUAUUUAUCUUAUA